UGCGUCUGUGUGCGAAGGGGACUCACGGACGUGGGAGUGGAGAGUGGAGUCAUUCCAGCUCUCUUUAACACAACUUCUCAGUACGGAAUUCGUCCUGGAGUUUGGCCCUGGAGUCCCCUCUGCUUGUAGACGGGAUUUUGACACUGGAUUAUUGCGUCCACGAAAGCCGCGGAAAACAUCGGGCUUUCAGUGCACAGAGGAUUAUGUCAGAGGCGAAGGAAGAGUUUUGGAAGGUUUUCUAAGAGUUCGCAAAGCCCGAGUUCAAACUCUGGUAAAGUUUUGGAUGUAGCCUGUGUGGUGCUGUUUUUGCUGUUAAUUCAGACUCCGCUCCUGAAGUGGUCUAACUAUGGUUUGCGGAUUGUGUGCGGGAUUUCCCAAGUAUUGGGGGGCAGAGGGUUUUUAGAGAGCUGGCAAAAGUUGAGGCUUCAUUGAGUUGGAGACAGCAGGUCACCCAGCAGUGUCUGCAUGUAGCCCUCUCUGUUUCAGUGUUUUGUUGCUGUUUAACGCAACAUAUGCGUGAUUUGAACUUUCUAAUGCUGCGGGAUCCCCAUCAGACACGGACCACCGGCUGCGCAUGCUGUGCGCACCGUGCACAAACACUCGCUCUUGUGCGACGAGUCUAAAUCGAUGUGGCAUAUCCCAAGACCCGAACGGGACCGAUACGACACAUCCAGAACUGUCUAGGUUGUCGUAUGUUCAAGUCGAAACGCUCAGGUCUUGUACGGCGACUCUGGAGAAGCCGUCUGGUCACCGAGAGCGACGGGCGGGAUGGAAGCAGACGAGGUGAGGGAGGACGGACCGGACCAUGUGGCCGAAACUCAGCGAAGCUCCACAGGAACGAGCCGCGCUCGGUGACACACACUGACCCGGCUCCGGGACUCACGGGAGAGGCUGGGGACCUGACAGCAAUCCCAGAGAGGGAGGACGAGGAGCAGCCUGACGAUGACCGGGGUGCCAUGUGCGUCCGGGAGCACCGAGGCGCACCGCGGGGACACGGCGACAGAAGGACGGUGACGUGUUGUUUGUUUGGGGAAUGGUAUCUGAGACCUCGGAGCGCUCAUUGGGCCCCCAUUAAAGAUGGAGGGGGGCCCUGUCAGUGCGCCCCGAGGUAUGCGGGGUUAGAGGAGGAACUGGAGGGUACUGCCCAUGCGUUUCUAAAGAGACUAAAGGAGAGAUCUCUAGAAGCCUUGUUGAAGACUGUGGAGACCAAAGGAGGUUUACCUGGGGAGUGCGUCAUGGUGCCGAGUACCGACCUGCGGCUCGGAGCCCACCGCAUCUCUCCGCAGUAUCUCCUGUGUAAGCUGUUCCGCUGGAGCGACCUGCAGCUGUCCGCCCGGCUGAAGGCGCUCUGCCUGUGCCAGAGCUCCGGCGCAGUGGACGGCGCAAAGGUGUGCUGCAACCCCUACCACUACAGCCGCCUGUGUGGGCCAGAGUCACCUCCUCCCCCAUACUCUGUGUCCCAUUUAGAUCAACACAAGCCACUGGACUCAGCUCUGUCUUACACUGAAACUGUGCCCCCUCUCUUCUCCAACCCGCCUCGUGUUACGCCAAGAGACUACACAGACGCUGGUACCUCCCUCGGCUCCUCGACCUCAGGCGGAAAUCGCUCUCACUGGUGCAGCGUGGCCUACUGGGAACAGCGCACACGAGUGGGCCGCCUUUAUCCAGCCUAUGAGCCCUCACUCAGCAUCUUCUAUGAUCUACCUCAGGGCACGGGCCUUUGCCUCGGCCAGCUCCACGCCAAUGCCUACCACAGUCGCCGUGACGACCCGAGCAGCCACAGCACGUCGGGUCUUCGCAGCCACAGGAGUGGCGGAACUAGCAGCAGUGUGCAACAAAUUCGCAGUAAAAUUGGCUACGGCAUUGUGCUGAGCCAAGAGCCAGACGGGGUGUGGGUGUAUAAUCGCAGCCAGCACCCGGUGUUCGUCCACUCGCCCACUCUAGACCCGCCCAGUGCUCCAGGGCUCAGCGUCAAGAGGGUGAUGCCGGGCUUCUCCCUCAAGAUGUUUGACUAUGAGCGCUCCAGCUGGAUGGCGGAGCACGGCGUGAAGCCCGAGUGCCAGGAGGGGCCCUGGGACCCACAUAGUAUUCGGAUCAGUUUUGCUAAGGGAUGGGGCCCCUGUUACUCCAGACAGUUCAUCACCUCCUGUCCAUGUUGGCUGGAGGUGCUACUCAACAACCACAGAUAGCACACAGAAAUCUCCCAACACUCAGACAUACAGGAGGUUUCCUGACCCAGUAUCCUAAUUGUAAUCUACCUAGAUUUAAUAUAAAAUUUAUAUAUUAUAUAAAAUAUAUUAUCCAUGUAAAUACUUGAGUCAUUUUUACAAUGCAAUUAUUUAUGUAUAGUGUAAUGUGUAUAUGGACAAAAUAAAAAGGAACAAGAAUAUGCACUUUUGAUUAUAUAUAUGCAUUAGAGUUUCUCAGUGUCAUUUUGCAAAUAUGAACUGGUUUAUGUUCUCAUGAUUUAGCAAUUCCAUGAAAGUAUGCCAUACACACAUUGUCAAUAAAAAAUUUGUAUUAAAUAGGUUUUUUGUCUUUUUCUUGGUCUGUGAAUCAGAGGGAUGACAAG